GUACUGUAGUGAAAUAUUCGCAAAUAUCGUGACCUGGCGCUGGGAAACCGAAAAUAGGAAAAAAAUCUUCAUUUGAAACUAAACUUAAUGGAGAGUAAUGGUAAUGAGCGGCGUGUGUUUUGGGAUUUACCUUCCAACAUGAACAACUUACCUGGAACCCUCGGUAACCAAAGAGUACAGCAGCAGCUAGGACAGGUUGUACGAGGGGUCAUACCUGGUGCUGGUCCCCAGCCAGAGUACCAUCCAAACCCCUACCUACAGCAUCUGUAUGAUCGUAAUGCAGGCGCAAAUGGGACCCAGCACGUUGGAAUUCACACUGAGGAUGAACAUGUCGCACUUGGAGAUCUGGAAGCUCAGUUACAAGAAGUUAUUGCUCAUAAUGAUACUGCUGAAGAUGAUAACCAACAUGCACAUGCUCAUGGACACACACACAGACAAGGGAGACAACCACAGCCAAUAGAUUGGAAAGUGAUACUUGGCUCAGCAGCUUUUGUUGUCAUUCUUUUCCUACGGUUGAUGGUUGAUCAUAUAUUAGGUAUUCUUGUGUUUAUAGGCCUAUCACUGGUGUUUUACUACGCCAAUUUGCGAAUGAUUGAGAUUGUUCAUGUUACAUCACUAAGGGACAGUCAUGGUCAUGGUAAAGUGCUGAUAUCCUGUGUCUGGUUGAUAGUGUUCCUGUCGGCACAGAUAUUUGGUAUUUAUUGGUUCUUCGAUGAUCAACAACUUUGGAAAGUGUUUUCUUGGCGGUUACCUAGCAACUGGCAGGGAGAUUUGUUUGAUUUAUUUUGGGUUACCAUGAUAACAGAUCAUGUGGUUAGAUAUGCAGCUGUUAUAAUUAAAUGCCUUGUUGCCAUAACACCAUCUUUAUUCCUUCGCCAGAAGAAAAAGGGUAGAUUGUAUAUGUUUAUAGAGAUUGUCAUACAGACCAUUAGGAUGACAUUACCUAUAUCACCUUGGGUCCACUUCUUGUAUGAUCAACCAAAGUCGGGAAAACUUAUAUUUUCUGCAAUUUUAGCUGUGAUAUAUUUAAUUUUAAAAGGAUGGGCUUUAUUCCUAGAAUAUUUUAAAAUAAGCAAGGCAUUCAAAAUGCUUCUGGUUGAUACAAAAUUUGGUGUACAGCCUACUGCUGAGGAGAUUAAAUCUCGUGGGGAGAAUUGUCCAAUAUGUCAGGAUGAUUACCAGGAUCCUGUUAUGCUGUCUUGUAAACAUAUAUUUUGCGAGAACUGUGUGUCUGUAUGGUUUGAUCGAGAGAAAACAUGUCCAAUGUGCCGAGCAGAGAUACAAUCAGACAGUCCCGUGUGGCAGGAUGGAUCAACUAGUGCACAUCUCCAGUGGUACUGAUUUGAUCGUCUUUGUGAUAGACAUUGCAUUUCUGUGGAAAAUGUGAGAAAAAACUGAAAAGAGAUUUGAAUGUGUAUUGAAACAGGAGAUGUCAGAGAAUUGUCUUCAUAAGAGUACAGAGGUCUGACAGAAAAUUCUUUGGAGUAAGGUAUUCUGUAUUGAAUGUUGAGCAUGUUUUCGAGGAAAACACUGAUAACGAAAUUUGGAUAUAAUUUCUGGAAGUGAAAGUAUCACUGUUUGCAAUUAUCAAGAAGAAAGGAUUUUGAACAGAUGUAAAGCAUAAAUUCUGUUAGCAUUAUUUUUGUGGGUAUUUUAUAAAGGAUUUUAUGAUUUUAAAAAGUUGCUUACCUCCAUUUUAUUUUCAAAUAUUUCAUUUUGUAAAAAACUAAAAACAAAAAAAAAAACAUCAUAUCAUCGUACAUCAAAUUGUUGUACUGGAACAAAGAGCCAGAAGAUUUAAAGAAUUAGAAACUUGUUCCAUUGUGUUGAGAAAGGAGUUCUUAGUUAGAGCUUUAAGAGUUGAUAAUUUAGUAUUUACCUACUGUUAAAAAUGCAUAUGAGCCAUUCUUUGAGGAAGUUGAGGUUUAUCAGUGUCCAAAAAAACAACAACAUGAGAUAAAAACAACCCUGCUCAUAUAUUUAUAUCUGACCUGGUGAGUUUUACUUGUCUGCUCAGAGUUUUAUAAAGUCCAUCUAUUUGAAAUAUAACUUCACCUAUUUCAAAAUCAUCUCAUAAGCUGAAUUUUGUUGGCAUACAAAUAAGGCAAACUUUUCUUUUUAAAAGAAAAAGUGUAUAUUGAUGUAUAAGAAGGCUGUAGCAGCACCAGCAGGAUUUUCAACCCGUUGUUGUUGAGCCUGAUCUUCAUCAAGAAUGGUUCAUAUAAACUUUCUGUGAUAUCUGUUGAAUGAUUGGUUAAGCUUUCAUCUCUAUUUUCUAAGAAGAAUGAGUACAUGUACAAGGAGAUACCUGUAUGUAGUUAGUAUUUUCUGGGGUAAAACACUUGCCCAUUUAGCUCAGUAAAUAGAGCCAGUGACAAGGUUUGGAGAAAAUCUACUUUACCGGUAUAUCUGGUUCUUUAUUCAAGGAAAAAUAAGAGAUAAAAGUUUAACUGUGCAUGUGUUUAUUCUUAACAUUUUAUUAUCAGUUGAUUAACAGUUUACUUAUUUUUUGUUGUGUUUAACCUUUACCCAGCUAAGUUUGUAAAAUGGACUGGUCCAUUAUUCAAUUUGGGCAGCACCACUUCUUAUUCAAAGGGGUGUUCUCAGAAAAUAUACUGACGGAUGUACAGGCCUCAAAGGCAAAAUCACUUGCCGCCAGCAGGCUAAAGUUUAGACAAUAUUAUAUAUGAAAAUACUGUAAAACACUGGUUGUGCAAUGUCGUGAGGGGAUGAGCAGCAUACUCCAGUUACCAAGACAUUCGGGUUAUCCAGAGGAACAAACCUGGGACCACAUGGAUUGUUUGAGCAAGCCCAGAUGCUCGAUCCAUUGAUGAUCAAGUGAGCAUUGUAUCACUGCAGUUUCGUCAAGGGUGUCAUAUAUAUUGUGUUGAAUACUAUUCAUGUUUUGUUUACUAAAUAAUAAAUUCUGCAUUAUU